CCAUAGAAGCUUGUAGCUUCACAACUCCUGAACCUUGCCUUUGUUUUCUCAUUUUCCUUGGGAAGCAUAGGGGGGAGGUUUAAUUUUCGAUUUUCCUGAUGGGAUCACUUCACAUCUGUGAAGGAUCACAUCUGGGCUUCUGGGUGUUCUUGCUUUUUUCUGUGAGCUUCUGCUAUGGCAAUGCUGAUCAAGUUCAGGUAGUUGGAAUUGUAGAAUGUGCAGACUGUUCUGAGAGUCAUAUUAAGGCUAGCCAAGCCUUUUCAGGGCUUGGUGUGACCAUUGACUGCAAGCUAGCAAAUGGAGAGUUCAAAACAAGGGCAUUUGGAGCGGUCAGCAAUGAAGGAAAAUUCAAGGUGUCUGUCCCUGAGGAGAUGGUGAAGGAUGGAUAUCAGUUGAAAGAGGAAUGCUUUGCACAGCUUUACAGUGCCUCAGCAGCACCAUGUCCUGAUUCACAGAGCGGCCUAGAGGCCUCCAAGAUAGUCUUGAAGGCGAAAACCAUUGGGGAGAAAAACGUAUUUGGCCCAAUCGCAAAUCUAAAAUUCUCUUCUCUAACUUGCACUUCAGCCCUUUGGUGGUCUUUCUACAAGCAUCCUCCCCUGCCCAAGCUGCCACUGCCCUUUCCCAAGGCCUAUCCUCCACCUUGGAAGAAAUUUGGCCAUGUCUACAAGAAACCACUUCCACCAUCAAUACCAAUAUACAAGAAGCCCCUCCCAUCUCCAGUCCACAAGAAGCUGCUUCCACCCAAGGUACUCAUACACAAGAAGCCUCUUCCACCAAAAGUACUGAAACCCAAUAAGCCAUUCCCACCACCUUCGCCAGUUUACAAGAAGCCUUUUCCUCCAUCUGUACCGGUUUUUAAGAAACCAAUCCCACCACCCGUUCCAGUAUACAAGAGACUUCCUCCGCCCCCUGCGCCCGUUUAUCAGAAACCACCAGUUCCGGUGUUCAAGAAGCCUUGUCCACCGCCUGUUCCCAUAGCUAAGAAGUUGCUUCCACCCCAUGUCCCCAUAUACAAAAAGCCGCUUCUGCCUCCCACUCCAAUCUACAAUAAGCCAAAUCCAUCACCAUUCUAUAAAUGGUCAAUUCACAAGCCAAUACCACCAGUCUACAAACUUCUUCCUCCAAUCCCUCCACUUUACAAGAAGCCAUGUCCACCCUUUAUUAAGCCUCCUCAUUAUCUUCCUAAGCUUCCUCCAAAGCUCUUCCCCUUCCCCGAGUUUGGACCCUAUCCUCCUAUACAACCUUAUUUCCCUCAUCCUUAAGCUGCCAUACUAGCUUCCUAAGCAUAAUGCCUUCAUGGUGGACAGAGAAAUCCAUUGAAAAAACAUGGGUCAGAAUGUAUUGAAUUGAGCGUAUUCUUGAGAGUUGUCAGUGCUCUGUUUUCGUAAAUUUUGUGUGUAAACAAUUUCAGAUGGAGAAGUAUGGAAAAUAAGAAGGAAGCAAGCAUUCAUUUCA